GCCUGGAGCUGGCGGGGAAACGGCAGCCACAGCAAAGGUGCUUCGGAGAAGGCUAUGGACCCCGCCGAAGCGGUGGUGCAGGAGAAGGCCCUCAAGUUCAUGCCCAGAAUACACAUGCCUAAAGAUGGAUUCCAACUUACAUCUUCUGGAUACCAAGCAUGGCUAAAGCAGUGCUCUAUGCCCCGGUCUCUGUGGCUGGGCUGCUCCAGCCUGGCGGACAGCAUGCCCUCGCUGCGAUGCCUGUAUAACCCAGGGACCGGCGCACUCACAGCUUUCCAGAAUUCCUCUGAGAGAGAAGACUGUAACAAUGAUGAGCCCCCCAGGAAGAUCAUUCCAGAGAAGAAUGCACUCAGGCAGACUUACAACAGCUGUGCCAGACUGUGCUUAAACCAAGAAGCAGUAUGCUUAGGGAGCACUGCUAUGAAGACUGAAAAUUGUGUGGCCAAAACAAAACUUGCCAAUGGCACUUCAAGCAUGAUUGUGCCCAAGCAAAGGAAGCUAUCUGCAAGCUAUGAAAAGGAGAAGGAGCUGUGUAUCAAGUAUUUUGAACAAUGGUCAGAGUCUGACCAAGUGGAAUUCGUGGAACAUCUCAUCUCGCAGAUGUGUCACUAUCAGCACGGACAUAUCAACUCAUACCUCAAACCUAUGCUCCAGAGGGACUUCAUCACAGCACUGCCAGCCCGAGGCCUGGAUCACAUUGCUGAAAAUAUCUUAUCAUACCUGGACGCCAAGUCAUUGUGUGCUGUUGAGCUGGUAUGUAAGGAGUGGUAUCGGGUGACGUCAGAUGGCAUGUUGUGGAAGAAGCUGAUUGAGAGAAUGGUCCGGACAGACUCACUUUGGAGGGGUUUGGCAGAGCGGAGAGGAUGGGGGCAAUAUCUAUUUAAAAACAAGCCACUUGAUGGAAUAGCCCCACCAAACUCCUUCUACAGAGCACUUUAUCCCAAAAUUAUACAGGAUAUUGAGACGAUAGAAUCAAACUGGCGGUGUGGAAGGCACAGCUUACAGCGAAUCCACUGCCGGAGUGAAACGAGCAAAGGGGUUUAUUGUUUACAAUAUGAUGAUCAGAAGAUAGUGAGUGGCCUCCGAGACAAUACCAUCAAGAUCUGGGACAAGAAUACACUAGAAUGCAAGCGGAUUCUGACUGGGCACACAGGAUCGGUCCUUUGCCUUCAGUACGAUGAGCGGGUGAUCAUCACUGGAUCAUCAGAUUCCACUGUCAGAGUGUGGGAUGUGAAUACAGGUGAGAUGCUGAACACCCUGAUCCACCACUGCGAAGCAGUCCUGCACCUGCGCUUUAAUAACGGCAUGAUGGUGACUUGCUCCAAAGAUCGUUCUAUUGCCGUGUGGGACAUGGCCUCCCCAACAGACAUCACCCUUCGCAGAGUGUUGGUUGGACACAGAGCAGCUGUCAACGUGGUAGACUUUGAUGACAAGUAUAUUGUGUCAGCGUCAGGCGAUAGAACUAUAAAGGUAUGGAACACAAGCACCUGUGAGUUCGUGCGUACAUUAAAUGGCCACAAGCGAGGCAUUGCGUGUCUACAGUAUAGAGAUAGACUAGUAGUGAGUGGUUCGUCAGAUAAUACAAUCAGGUUAUGGGACAUCGAGUGUGGGGCAUGUUUGCGGGUCCUAGAAGGCCAUGAAGAGUUGGUGAGAUGCAUACGCUUUGAUAACAAGAGGAUAGUCAGCGGGGCAUACGAUGGGAAAAUUAAAGUGUGGGAUCUGGUGGCUGCCCUGGACCCUCGUGCCCCUGCUGGAACUCUCUGCCUACGCACUCUUGUGGAGCAUUCUGGCCGAGUUUUCCGGCUCCAGUUUGAUGAGUUUCAGAUUGUCAGCAGUUCACAUGAUGACACCAUCCUCAUCUGGGACUUCCUGAAUGAUCCAGCUACCCAAGCAGAAUCAACCCGCUCCCCCUCCAGAACGUAUACUUACAUCUCCAGAUAAAUAGCACUACACUGUACCUCACACUUGCACAGGACUCAUUUAAGCUUCGAUAUUUAAAUUAUCUGCCAAUGCCAGGGCAAAAGAAUUAUUCAUGUAACAGAUACUCCUGAAGAGAGAGGCUCUCAGACAAACUUCUGGAACCAAGUUGGCAUGCGGUUGAUCUCGAUCAGGGUCUUCUCAGCACGGCUGACUGCUCCAGUGCUGCUAUAUCAGAAGAUUUCUUUUGUCUUUCCUAAAUGACUGAUGUGCUAAACUUCCCCCUUUGCACUCUUUCCCCUCUCCAAUUCCCCUCUGUUGUCCUGAGUACACAGAUCCUAUAAAUAUAUUUAACAUGUUACCAGGAUUUCUUGCUUUGCUCCUAAGCAGUAAAAUCAUUGCCACCAUUCAUUCAGCUGGGAAAAUCACCUCGUGUUUCAGGUGGAGGGGAACAGCAGGCCGAUGCCUUUACUUUUUGGGAUUUGUAUAAAGGGCAUCUCUGUUUAGCUGUAGAAUGGCCUGAGACUUUACAAAAGGGGCAAAUUAAUGCCAAAUGAAGGCCCUGGUGGCCAGAAACCAGUUGGGAGGAAGUUAUAAUGAAGUCCAAACGAUUUCAUCCAGAUCUUAUGGAAUAGUUCCAUCUGUACAAGUUGUUGGUUUGGUAGAUACCACCAAGUGAAAGCUCUCUUUUGCCAAAGUCUACUAUCGCUUAAGAGGUGAGAGUUACUGGUGAUAUUAAAUCCUUAAGAUUGCGAGAAGUUUGUGGAUGUGGUGAGAAA